GGAGGGGAUCCAGCGGGGAACCGAUCUGGACAUACUGGCGAAUCUGAUGAACGAUGAUACGGCCAUGUGGGGGAUGGGUCCCCUGGAACAGCAACAGCAGCAACAGCAACAGCGGUGACUAACCGCCGGUAUUCUGGACGAGUGGCUUGAAGGUUUGGGUCUCCCAACCAAUGGAUUCGACUAGCUAGCUAGCUAUCCCUUCUCGCCACCGCUCGUCGCCGCUGCGAACGGGUCACCAUCACCAUCACAUACCUACACAUUCACUCCGCCUCCACCUUUCUCUCUCUCUCUCUCUCUCCCAUGCGCGCAUGGUUGCAUGGAGAUUGAAGUGGUUACCUACCUUACCUUGCCUGCUUGAUUCUCUCUUGUCGGACCUACCUACCUACCUAGUUGUUUCGUUCGUGUUCAUGUUCAUGUUCGUGUUCGUGUUUGUGUGCGUUUAUACCAUCUCAUUUCGUAUAGUCUCUUCUUCUUUCCUUUUCCUUUAUGUACGAACCCUUUUUUGCGUUGCAUGUGUCCGAAGGAGUAAGAAAGUAGUGGAGGGGGCUGGGGCGAUCAUUUCGGGUGGCGAGAUGGAGGGGGAAGGGGGGGCUAUGUAUUUACUUACAUAUGUAUCUAAGCUAAGCUACGGUAGACAAUGGUUUCAUUUCAUUUCGCUUUUCCGUUGUGUUGUGGUGAGGAUUUGUAGUUGGUUAUACGACACGAUAGGUCAUUGUGCCCAUCGAGAAGUUCCAGGCGGGUAUGUAUCACGGGAUAUCACUCGAUCAUUAGCGACGAGGGGCGAGGGGGCUGAGCCGUGGGGCAAAAAUGUGGAGCUGAUCAUAGUUGUCGCGGGAGAGACUCCGCCUCCACGGAGAAGAGUGACGGAGAUGAGACCGCAAGUACACACGAGCACGCAAUGUGAAUACUUGGUGAAAGGGUGGCGUUAAGGCGGCCAAGAGUACUAGGAGGUAACGAUCACAAGACGAGGAGAUUGCGCCGCUGCGCCUUCGG